CUGACGUCACCCGGAAGAGGGGGACGGACGGGGGAACCAAGAUGGCGUUUCUACGCUGUAGGCGAGACCCGUGUGGAUUUAUAUGUCUCAUACUAACUUAUUUCAGCGUCUUUUACGCCGAUUAUGUGGUUAUUCAGUAUGUCCUCAUCCCUGCCUACUCGGGAAGUGUGUGGUGUACACUACACGGGUCAGUGUUUAACUUGAUUCUACUCCUGCUGCUGGCCUGUCACUCCAAAGCUGUCUUCUCGGACCCAGGUAUGGUUCCCCUACCGGAGACGGCUAUAGACUUCUCUGACCUGAGGUCCCAGAAUUCACACAUGAAUGAGAGGGGCUGUGAGGGAUGGACUGUGUGUAGUCGUUGUGAGACCUACCGCCCCCCCAGAGCUCACCACUGCAGAGUAUGUCAAAGAUGCAUACGACGUAUGGACCAUCACUGUCCCUGGAUCAACAACUGUGUUGGAGAGUUGAACCAGAAGUACUUUAUCCAGUUUCUCUUCUAUACAGGUAUGGCCAGUCUCUACUCCAUGGCUCUGGUGGUGUCAGCCUGGGUGUGGAGAAUACGAAGCGAGAGAGACGGGGAAGGAGACAAAGAAGGAGAGGAGUCUCCCAGCAAACACCUUAUUGUAGCGCACUACAUCAUUCUCCUGGUUGAGUCGGUGUUGUUUGGCGUGUUCGUCAUGGUCAUCUUCUACGACCAGUUGGUGUCCAUUAUAACAGAUGAAACUCCUAUAGAACAUAUGAGGAACAGAUUGAUGAAAGACAGGACAUCAAUCACCAGCAGCACCUCUGAGCCGCCACCGACGCACGUCCCACACACACGGAAGCCCAAACUAGCCCUGCUCAGAGAGGUCUUCGGGAGAGGGUCGGUGUUCUGUUGGCUGUUCCCUCUACAUUCCAGUCCCCCCACCGUCGGUGGAAUCAGCUACUCGGCUGUUCCGGAUUACGAUGUCUAACGUUCCCGCGACGUUCAAACAACAUUCUGUGAUAGCAUUUUAACAUUCCUUCAACGUUGUGGUUACGUUACGGUCAUAAUAUAAUUAGGGUUGUCAAAUUAAUUUAAUUUUAAUUCGUGGCCGUUAGUUUAUCGCAAUUCAUCACAAUGUUUGACACACACACACACACUCACACACACUCACACACACACACACACACACACACACACACACACACACACACACACACACACACACACACACACACACACACACACACAUCCUCUCUCUCUCUCUCUCUCUCACACACCAUAGCCUUCUGCCUGUGCCAUCCAAACUGUGCAUAGCGUAGUCAGUGGUCAAGUUAUCAGGUUUCUAUCCCGUUAGGUAACAUUGACUAGCUAGCUAAACAACCUUGUUUGUUAUCAAACCAAACGAUGUGUUUAAAAAACGUCCGGCGACAUGCACACGAAUCCGCGAAAGAAAGAAAGAAAAUGCAUAUCUCUGAAAUGAUUUUGUCUCGCGGUCUAAAGUAGUAGCUGUGUUGCGUUUUUAAAAGGUUUCAGUGUUAGAAAUGGAGAUACGAUUAACAUUUUUUUUUUUACAGCGAUAAACAUGUCACUUUAAAAACACGUGAACUUUGACAGCCCUAAAUAUAGUAUAUAGGUUAAUAUCAGAGGUCACUGAAAUGUUUGCAGUGAAAUGUUUGGUUAACUAGCGUUCCCACAACGUUAGGGGAUCAUGGUAACGUUCCUUCAACGUUGUGUUUGCGUUAGGGUCAGGUCACUGAACGGUUACAUUGAAGUUUUUGUUACUGCAGUUUUACGUGAAGGUUAGGGUUAGAUGCUGAGGGAAGGUUAGGGUUAGAUGUUGAGGGAAGGUUAGGGUUAGAUGUUGAGGGAAGGUUAGAUGUUGAGGGAAGGUUAGGGUUAGAUGUUGAGGGAAGGUUAGGGUUAGAUGUUGAGGGAAGGUUAGGGUUAGAUGUUGAGGGAAGGUUAGGGUUAGAUGUUGAGGGAAGGUUAGGGUUAGAUGUUGAGGGAAGGUUAGGGUUAGAUGUUGAGGGAAGGUUAGGGUUAGAUGUUGAGGGAAGGUUAGGGUUAGAUGUUGAGGGAAGGUUAGGGUUAGAUGUUGAGGGAAGGUUAGAUGUUGAGGGAAGGUUAGAUGUUGAGGGAAGGUUAGGGUUAGAUGUUGAGGGAAGGUUAGGGUUAGAUGUUGAGGGAAGGUUAGGGUUAGAUGUUGAGGGAAGGUUAGGGUUAGAUGUUGAGGGAAGGUUAGGGUUAGAUGUUGAGGGAAGGUUAGGGUUACAGUAUAAUGUUACAGGAGUGGGUAUUGAUACGAUAUUACUGAUUAUACUACUGAUGUAUUCUGACUUGUUACACACACACUACCACUACCACACACACACACUACCACUACCACACACACACACUACCACUACCACACACACACACUACCACUACCACACACACACACUACCACUACCACACACACACACUACCACACACACACUACCACUACCACACACACUACCACACACACACACUACCACACACACACUACCACACACACACACUACCACUACCACACACACACUACCACUACCACACACACACUACCACUACCACACACACCCUACCACUACCACACACACCCUACCACUACCACACACACACACACUACCACACACACCCUACCACUACCACACACACACACACUACCACACACACACACACUACCACACACACAUUACCACUACCACACACACAUUACCACUACCACACACACAUUACCACUACCACACACACACAUUACCACUACCACACACACACACUACCACUACCACACACACACACACACACUACCACACACACUACCACACACACACUACCACUACCGCACACACACUACCACACACACUACCACACACACAGUCAGAAUUUGUCUCAGUGAAGGGAUCACUUGGUUUGUUGCCUGUGAGGAAAGAUGAAUCUGAGCAUGAUUUAUUAAUACAGGCUACUCAGCUUUCCAUCUCUACCUGUGUGUGUGUGUUUGUGGCUAAACUUUUUACCUACCUACCGAUCAGACCUGGGGUUCAAAUACUUUUUAAAAUAAUUUUAAAUGAUUUGAGCGUUUGCUUCAGUCUGCCUCGAAUGCCAGAUGGCCAGGGUUUUGUACUUUUGGGACUUUUCUAUUUAUUUAUUUUUUUUUAAAGUGGAGAAGCUCAAUCAAUCCCAGAUACUUUUUCUGAAAUUAUGUCGAAUAGUAUUUUGAACCCAGGUGUACUACCUGUACUUACACUGAGUGGACAAAACAUUAGGAACACCUGCUCUUUCCAUGACAUAGACUGACCAGGGGAAUCCAGGUGAAAGCUAUGAUCCCUCAUUGAUGUCACUUGUUAAAUCCACUUCAAUCCGUGUCGAUGAAGGGGGAGGAGACGGGUUAAAGAAGGAUUUUUAAGCCUCGAGACAAUUGAGACAUGGAUUGUGUAUGUGUGUCAUUCAGAGGGUGAACGGGCAAGACAAAAUAUUGAAGUGCUUUUGAACGGGGUAUGGUAGUAGGUGCCAGGAGCACCGGUUUGUGUCAAGAACUACAACACUGCUGGGGUUUUUCAGUUUCCCCGUAUGUAUCAAGAAUGGUCCACCACCCAAAGGACAUCCAGCCAACUUGACACAACUGUUGGGAAGUGUUGGAGUCACCAGGGGCCGGUAUCCCUGUGGAACGCCUUCAACACCUUGUAGAGUCCAUGUCCCGACCAAUUGAGGCUGUUCUGAGGGCAAAAGUUUGAUGUAGUAUGCUCAGCAGUCAACAAUAUGAAGGUGUCCUUAAUAUUUAGUAUGCUCAGCAGUCAACAUGAGGAAGGUGUUCUUAAUAUUUAGUAUGCUCAGCAGUCAACAUUAGGAAGGUGUUCUUAAUAUUUAGUAUGCUAGGUACUCAACAUUAGGAAGGUGUUCUUAAUAUUUAGUAUGCUCAGCAGUCAACAUUAGGGAGGUGUUCUUAAUAUUUAGUAUGCUCAGCAGUCAACAAUAUGAAGGUGUUCUUAAUAUUUAGUAUGCUCAGCAGUCAACAUUAGGGAGGUGUUCUUAAUAUUUAGUAUGCUCAGCAGUCAACAUUAGGGAGGUGUUCUUAAUAUUUAGUAUGCUAGGUACUCAACAUUAGGGAGGUGUUCUUAAUAUUUAGUAUGCUCAGCAGUCAACAUUAGGAAGGUGUUCUUAAUAUUUAGUAUGCUCAGCGGUCAACAUUAGGGAGGUGUUCUUAAUAUUUAGUAUGCUAGGUACUCAACAUUAGGAAGGUGUUCUUAAUAUUUAGUAUGCUCAGCAGUCAACAUUAGGAAGGUGUUCUUAAUAUUUAGUAUGCUCAGCAGUCAACAUUAGGAAGGUGUUCUUAAUAUUUAGUAUGCUAGGUACUCAACAUUAGGGAGGUGUUCUUAAUAUUUAGUAUGCUAGGUAAUCAACAUUAGGGAGGUGUUCUUAAUAUUUAGUAUGCUCAGCAGUCAACAUUAGGAAGGUGUUCUUAAUAUUUAGUAUGCUCAGCAGUCAACAUUAGGAAGGUGUUCUUAAUAUUUAGUAUGCUCAGCAGUCAACAUUAGGGAGGUGUUCUUAAUAUUUAGUAUGCUAGGUACUCAACAUUAGGGAGGUGUUCUUAAUAUUUAGUAUGCUAGGUACUCAACAUUAGGGAGGUGUUCUUAAUAUUUAGUAUGCUCAGCAGUCAACAUUAGGAAGGUGUUCUUAAUAUUUAGUAUGCUCAGCAGUCAACAUUAGGGAGGUGUUCUUAAUAUUUAGUAUGCUAGGUACUCAACAUUAGGGAGGUGUUCUUAAUAUUUAGUAUGCUAGGUACUCAACAUUAGGGAGGUGUUCUUAAUAUUUAGUAUGCUCAGCAGUCAACAAUAGGGAGGUGUUCUUAAUAUUUAGUAUGCUCAGCAGUCAACAUUAGGGAGGUGUUCUUAAUAUUUAGUAUGCUCAGCAGUCAACAUUAGGAAGGUGUUCUUAAUAUUUAGUAUGCUAGGUACUCAACAUUAGGGAGGUGUUCUUAAUAUUUAGUAUGCUCAGCAGUCAACAAUAGGGAGGUGUUCUUAAUAUUUAGUAUGCUCAGCAGUCAACAAUAGGGAGGUGUUCUUAAUAUUUAGUAUGCUAGGUACUCAACAUUAGGAAGGUGUUCUUAAUAUUUAGUAUGCUAGGUACUCAACAUUAGGAAGGUGUUCUUAAUAUUUAGUAUGCUCAGUGUACAGGUGUAUUUUAUGUGUUCUAUUCAUAUGAAGGGGAGAUAAGGUGUUCGUCCCAAACAGCACCCUAUUCCCUAUAUAGUGCACUAACUACUAGAGUACCAUUUGAGACGGCUACCGUUAAGUUGAUUCUAACAACAUGAUCAGGGUACUGAUUUGCCUCUUGGUUUUAUGUUGAAACGUUAACACUUUUUAUUUAUUUAUAACGAUAUUGUUACUGGCUGCGUCCUUGUCCCGAAAUGGCACCCUUUUAUUCCCUAUAUAGUGCACUACUUUAGACCAGAGCCCUAUGGAACCCUAUUCCCUACAUAGUGCACUACUUUAGACCAGAACCCUAUUCCCUACAUAGUGCACUACUUUAGACCAGAACCCUAUUCCCUACAUAGUGCACUACUUUAGACCAGAACCCUAUUCCCUACAUAGUGCACUACUUUAGACCAGAGGCCUAUUCCCUACAUAGUGCACUACUUUAGACCAGAGGCCUAUUCCCUAUGUAGUGCACUACUUUAGACCAGAGCUCUAUGGAACCCUAUUCCCUAUAUAGUGCACUACUUUAGACCAGAGCCCUAUAGAACCCUAUUCCCUACAUAGUGCACUACUUUAGACCAGAGCCCUAUAGAACCCUAUUCCCUACAUAGUGCACUACUUUAGACCAGAGCCCUAUAGCACCCUAUUCCCUACAUAGUGCACUACUUUAGACCAGUGCCCUACGGUGUAUUCUGUAGGGAAUAGGGAGCCGGUAGGGAUACAGAAUCGUUUUUAAAAUCUUGAUUUUGUUUGUUGACAGCGGAGUGGAAUGUAUAUAUGUGUGUACAGAGGAGAAAUCAUGUUUCAUGAUGACGUUUACAUUUAUUAAUAUAUUGAUAUAUACUGUGUGUCUGUCCCAAAUGGCACUCUUAUUCCCAAUUUAGUGCACUACUCUUUAAAGGGGAUAGGGUGCCAUUUUGGACGUAUUGUGUGUAUCUCUGACUGUGAACUACAAUUGUUUGUGUUUUCUAAAUGCUGCUGGGACUUACUGCAUUAUGUGGAAGUAAAAUUAAACGUUUAAAUCUGGUA